AGUUGUCACCAGGGCUGAUCAACAGAUUUCACAAGGACCUAAAGGAUGAAGGGUCCAGAGCACAGGGGAUCUCUCUUCGGGCUCCAUCCCUUCUCGGGCUUCCUCGUGGGGCUGAUGGGAAACAAAACGAGGUGAAGAUGUCGGGAUUUGGGGUUUCUUGGGCGCGGGGCCAACAGAAGAAGAGUGAGGAGGGUUCUGGCCCCCGCUGCCGGCUUCAGGUGACUUAGGCUGGCGAAGUGAAAGUGAAAGAGGACUCAGAGGAAGCGCGCUGAGCACCAGCGGCCAGCGAGUGAGAGGGGCUCAAAGGAGCCCUCUCUUCAGCCCGCGACCUCUUGCAGAACUGUGGAGAAGGCAGCCGCCGAGGAAGAGCCUGAGAGCAGCCUCCAUGGGCUCGGAGCCCAGCUGGUGUCUGCUGCUCUGUUUGGCUCUCUCUGGGGCAGCAGGGACUGAGCCCCCCACAGCAGACCGACGCUGGCGAGCCACCGACAUAGUCUUAGACUGCUCCUUGGUGACGGAUGACAGGCAUCGAGGGGCCUUUGGCAGCAGUGGGGACAAGCAGAACGCUUUGCUUGUGCUGAAGCAGGUGCCAGUGCCAGAUGAUGGCUCCCUAGAAGGCAUCACCGAUUUCCAAGUGAGCACAGUGCCCAGAGAUGACACACCUAGUAUCUUCGAGGCCUCAGUGGACUCCGUACAGAUUCCCCAGGCAGAGGCCUUGCUCCAUGCUGACUGCAGCGGGAAGGCGGUGACCUGCGAGAUCUCCCAGUAUUUCCUCCAGGCCAGACAAGAGGCCACUUCUGAGAGUGCAGCUUGGUUCAUCAGCAACAUGCAGGUAUCUAGAGGGGGACCCAGUGUCUCCAUGGUGAUGAAGACUCUAGGAGAUGCUGAAACUGGAGCUGUCUGGCACCCUACACUGAACCUACCUCUGAGUCCCCAGGGUACUAUAAGGACUGCAGUGGAGUUCCAGGUGACAUCAGACACCCAAGCCCUGAGCCGUCCGCUGGGGUCCUCUGUGUCCCUGCACUGCAGUUUCUCCCUGGCACCAGGCCUGGGCCUCGUCGGAGUGGAGUGGCGGCUGCAGCACAAAGGCAGUGGCCAGCUGGUGUACAGCUGGGAGACAGGGCAGGGGCAGGCUAAGCGCAAGGGCGCCACACUGGAGCCUGAGCGGCUACACGCGGCCGGGGACGCCUCUCUCACCUUACCCAACCUCACUCUGAAGGACGAGGGGAACUACAUCUGCCAGAUCACUACCUCUCUGUACCAAGCUCAACAAAUCAUCCCGCUUAACAUCCUAGCUCCCCCCAAAGUGCAACUGAACUUGGCAAACAAGGACCUGCCAGCCUCCCUCAUCUGCAGUGUCACCGGCUAUUAUCCUCUGGAUGUGGUGGUGACAUGGGUCCGAGAGGAGCAGGGUGGAAUUCCAGCCCAAGUCUCUGGUGCCUCCUUCUCCAGCCUCAGGCAAAGCAUGAUGGGAACCUACAGCAUCUCCUCCACUGUGACGGCUGAGCCUGGCCCCACAGGCGCCACUUAUAUCUGCCAAGUUACCCACGUCUCCCUGGAAGAGCCCCUUAGAGUCAGCCUGAGGGUUUUCCCCCACACAGAGCAGAGAACAGCCUUUGGAGUUGUCUGUGCCAGCAUCCUCUUCCUUCUCGCACUGUUGUUUCUGGGACUUCGGAGACAGCAAGUUUCUUUGCCAAGGCCCACCAAGACUAUGAGGCACUCCGGGUAGCCGCUCUCUUGCUUCCAAAUAAAAAGUGGAGUUCCCAUGUUCUAGCUACCAAAGGGCACCCGUGCUGAGGUGUGGGACUGAAAAAGGCCUGAAGGAGACACCCCAUGUAGGAGUGAGGUACUCGUCCUGGUCUGUACAGGUCUCUGCCUUCCUUCCCUGUUGAGAAGAUCCUGGGCAGAUGGAAAAGGAGGCAACAGCCAGGCGUUGGUGGCGCAUGCCUUUAAUCCCAGCACUUGGGAGGCAGAGGCGGGCGGAUCUCUGUGAGUUCGAGGCCAGCCUGGUCUACAGAGCGAGUUCCAGAACAGCCUCCAAAACAAUACAGAGAAACCCUGUCUCGAAAAAACAAAAAGAACAAAAGAAAAAGGAGGCAACAACAGGAGGGCAGAAUUAUCUGAGUGAAGGCUAACACCAAAGUCAAAGAUGGGGAAGCAGGGUAGGGGCUGGCCACCACUCACACUCUUAACACUGUCAAAAUAAAACACUUUGUGUCUACA